UACGAGUCCGCAUCUUGAUAAUUUUGUAAAUUUCCAAAAAAUAAGGUGAAAAAAACAAUUAUUCAACUGAAAAACAAUAUGGGAUUUGUUCUCAGAGACAAGAAGCAGAACAAGACUGUUCUAAUUUUGUUUCUUACGAAUUCCAAUUUGCUUUUAAGAUCCAUCAUCGAAGACCCUUUAUUCUUUUCGUUGUCAAACCCUAUUCAAGACCUAAUAAUCAUGAUAACCCUAUUACCAAAUCUCGGCCUCCAUACAUAAUAUCUGUGAUUGUUUCGAUCUUAUCUCACGCCAAGAUAUAGUAAGAGAAAAGAAAGCCGCUUCUUUUAUUUUCUUCACAAAUCUCCGAUUUUUCUUCCCCUGCUGCGAGUUGAUUUCUUGUGAUUUAGGGUUCUUGUUUCAGAUCUUCAAUGGACGCCGAUUCUCAAGACGAGAAUAACAUGAAUGAAGACUACAACAGUCCGAUUGAAGAACCCAAAAAACCUAAACGCCAGAUGAAGACUCCUUAUCAGUUGGAGAUCCUCGAGAAUACCUACGCAUUGGAGCCAUAUCCGUCAGAGGUCACAAGGUCAGGGCUGUCAGAAAAAUUGAACUUGACAGACCGACAAUUGCAGAUGUGGUUUUGCCAUAGAAGGCUUAAGGAGAAGAAGGAUGGAACUGUUAAGCAGCCACUUCAGGCUACAGGUAAAGUAAGGAAGAGGGAAUCUUUUGAUAACCCUAACAUGGAUUUAUUGGCGGCUGUUGGAGGAGGAAGUGAUCACGGAUCAGAAUCAGGGUCAGGUCCUUUGUCCCAGUUGGGUCCAGUUUCUGAUUCAGGCUCAGACGGUUCAACAAGCCCUUCGAAUCAUUAUGUGAAUGAAGCUCCAAUUCCAAAUAGAUAUUAUGAGACACCUGAGUCUCUAAUGGCUUGGAAAGUGAUAAGCUGUGUGGAACUACAGUUGGGAGAGCCAUUGAGGAAGGAUGGACCAAUUCUAGGGAUGGAAUUUGAUGACCCCCCUCCUGGUGCAUUUGGAGUCCCCAAGGUUAUGGCAGAUGCUGAAGAUCGUUCAAGAAAAGCUUUGGAUCACAAAUCAGUUAAACAGCGUGAUGUCAAGCCAAACAAAACUCUUAGGAAAGGUCCACAUGAAUAUGCUUCUGAAGGGAUUGGCAUGGAGAUGGUUCCUAUUGAUCAUCAUGGUGGCAGUUCUUCAAUGAACUCGCGUGGGAAUGAGCAAUUACACAGGGCCUAUAGACAGCCAAAUCAUCAUCAAAUGGAUUACUACCAUAUUGCCCAAAGGGGAACUUCAGCAGAUGCUCAAAUGGGUGUUCUGUCUAGUGCACACCCACACGAAACACACAUCACAAGCAGUGAAGAUGGUUCGGCCAUGGAUAAAAACCGCAAGACUGAUGAAGGGAGAAGUGGAAGGAAAGAAAGUAGUGAAAAAAGGAUCAGGAAAGAGCUGGAGAAACAAGAUAACUUGAGGAGAAGAAUGGAGGAGACAAUGAGGAAAGAAAUGGAGAGGCAAGACCGGGACCGACAAAAGGAAGAAGAGAAGUCAAUGCGUGAAAAGCAGCGCCAGGAAGAAAGGUAUCAUCGCGAGGAAAAACGUGAAACUGAAAGGAGGGAGAAAUUUUUGCAGAGGGAAUUGCUCAGAGCUGAGAAAAUGAAGCAGAAAGAAGAUCUCCGAGUAGAAAGGGAAUUAGUGAAGCAGAGAAUUGCGAUGGAAAGGGCAACAGCACGCAAAAUUGCCAAGGAGUCCAUGGAGUUGAUUGAAGAUGAACGAUUGGAACUAAUGGAAUUAGCUGCUCUGAAAAAGGGUUUACCCGCAAUAACUUCUCUUGAUCACGACACUCUCCAAAAUCUGGAGUUGUUCAGGGAAUUUUUGAUUCAGUUCCCACCAAAGUCUGUUCAACUAAAGAGGCCCUUUGCUAUUAGUCCUUGGAUUGAUUCAGAUGAGAACAUCGGGAACCUUCUCAUGGUGUGGAGAUUCUGCACAACGUUUGCUGAUGCGAUGGGUAUUUGGCCUUUCACUCUUGAUGAACUGGUUCAAGCUUUCCAUGAAUAUGAUUCAAGGUUAUUGGGCGAGAUACAUAUUUCUCUUCUGAAAUUGGUUAUCAUGGAUAUAGAAAAUGUAUCAAGGACCUCCUCUGUUUCAGUUGGGGCAAAUCAAAUUGCUGCUAGCAAUCCUGACGGUGGACAUCCACAUGUUGUUGAUGGGGCAUACAAGUGGGGCUUUGACAUUCGCGACUGGAAGAAACACUUAGGUCCGAUGUCAUGGCCUGAAAUAUUGCGACAAUUUGCGCUUUCAGCAGGGUUUGGACCAAAGUUGAAGAAAAAGGGUGUUGUGGGAAAGACUUCUUUACCGGAUGAGGAGGCUAAAGGCUGUGAAGAUGCAGUUUCCUCUUUACGUAACGGUGUGGCAGCUGAAAAGGCAGCUGCACAAAUGCAAGGGAAGGGUUUCUCCUCUCAGAAGAAAUCUAGGCAUCGGUUGACACCAGGAACUCUCAAAUAUGCUGCUUAUAGUGUUCUCUCUCUCGAGGGAAGCGAGGGACUAACAGUUAUAAAACUUGCACAAAAAGUUCAGGAAUUUGGAUUACGUAACUUGUCAACAAGCAAGACUCCGGAGGCUUCAAUUUCUGUAGCUUUGUCAAGGGAUACAGUCCUCUUUGAAAGAACAGCUCCUUCUACAUAUCGAGUGCGAACUCCUUUUAGGAAGGAUCCUGUAGAUGCUGAAUCAAUACUUUCAGCAGCCAGAGAGAAAAUAAAUCGGUAUGAAAAUGGAUUUUCAAAUGAAAGAAAUGCUGUUGACGUUGAAAAAGAUGAAUCGGAAGGUGAUGGCGAGGAGAUUGCUGAAGUGGAGGAUGUAGAUACAUUGGAUAUUGGGAAAGAUAGGAGCUCUCAAACUGAUUUUACCAUGUCUUGUGCAACUGAAAACAAGAACCUAUCUAAGUUUGAUGGUAGAGGUAAUUCGAUGAGUGAAUCUCUCGAACCUUCUUUGAAAAAUCCUGAACAAGGCUGUAGCGAAAUUGAUGAGAGCAAAUCGGGUGAACCCUGGGUUCUAGGGCUUACUGAAGGAGAAUAUUCUGAUCUUCCUGUUCGAGAGCGCUUGAAUGCUCUUGUUGCCUUAGUUGGCAUUGUUAAUGAAGGGACCUCAAUACGCGCAGUUAUUGAGGAACGUUUUGAAAAUACUAGUGCCCUCAAAAAGCAAAUGUUGGCUGAGGCACAGCUAGACAAGAAACGGAUUAAAGAAGAAGGCAUGUCUAAGUCUCAUCAUGCUUCUUCCAUGGGCGAGGAUGAAAUUAAACAAGAAAACAUGAACAAUAUACCUCAAGAUGAGAGUCUGAUAAACACUUUCCAAUCUAUAUGUAACAAUCUUCAUAGUCAAGCAACUGAAAGAGCAAGGUUAGGGCUCAAAUCAUAUAUUGGUCAGAAGGCAGAAGAGACAUAUACAUACAGGGCCUUGCCUCUUGGUCAAGAUAGGAGACGAAAUCGUUACUGGAAAUUCGGUGCAUCUGCUUCUGUACAUGACCCUGGUUCUGGAAGGAUAUUUGUUGAAUCACUAACUGGACAAUGGAGGGUCAUUGACUCUGAAGAGGCAUUUGAUGCACUUCUUACAUCCCUGGAUACACGAGGAAUUAGGGAAUCUCAUCUGCAGAUUAUGUUACGAGAGAUUGAGAAAUCCUUCAGGAAAAACAUUAAAAACAACUGUUUAUCUUCUGAAUAUGAAAAUGGUAUCCGUACAAAAGCUGAGAUCGAUACAAGUCCUGCUUGCUCUGGUGGUGACCUUGACAGCCCUCAGAGCAUGGUGUCUGGUUUAGUGAGUACUAAUGUUAGUGAUGAGCUAUCAACGUCUUUCAAAAUUCAGCUGGGAAGGAACGAGGCUGAAAGAAAAGAUGCUUUGAAUAGAUAUCAAGAAUUCCAGUUGUGGAUGUGGAGAGAAUGUUUCAAUACAGAGUCGUUAUGUGCGAAGAAAUCUGUGGAGAAAAGAAGCACUAAGCCUGUACUUGAAAUUUGUGGCUUCUGUCUUGAUUUAUUCAUGGCUUCAGAUGAACUACUUUGUCCUUGUUGCAAUAGACCAUUUGCUGAUUCUUUGACCUAUUUUGAUCAAGAAGCCAAAGGGGAAGUCUCUAAUCCUUUAAAUUUUGCUCAACCUGCGAGGAUCGGACUUCUCAAGGUUUUGUUAACAUAUAUUGAGUUCUCCCUUCCAUCUGAGGCACUUUUGCCUUCUUGGACAGAGGACAAUAGAAGGAUGGAAUGGGGUAUGCAGUUGCAUGAAUCCUCAUCUAUAGAGGGUCUUCUUCAGGCACUAACGGAGCUGGAGUCAGCCAUCCAGCGUGAUUAUUUAUCUAAAACCUAUGAUAAAACAGAGGAAUUAAUGGCUUCCUAUUCUUUGUCUGGAUAUAGUAAUCCUAAUUCAGGAUCAUCAGUUCAACUUCCUUGGUUGCCACUAACAACUGCAGCCAUUGCUCUGAGGCUUUUGGACCUAGAUGGAUCCAUUUGUUACACUUCUGAUCUAACGGAAUUCAAUUCCAGACAGAUUGUCGUCGAACCUAUUCCCGUUGUAGUAUUGGAUGUGAAACAAGGUAAACGUGCGAGUACAAGUGUAUCAAGAGGAUCGAGAAAAAGGGCAGUCCGUCCGGUCAAGUCGAACUGUAAGCCUGCUAGACAAGAUGGUCAGGUAUUAGAGCCGUUGCCCAUCCAUCAACAAGCAAGGGGAGUAGAGAGAAUCGGAACUGGCCCUCGAACUGUUAGAAAGAAGAGACCACGCUUAGACACAAAACUCGGUCAGGAUAAUGUUUUCGAUUGUCGGUCAGGUUCAUCUUUAAACUACAAUAGUAGCCCAGAGGAUGAUGGUGAGGAGCCAAAUGGUUACUCUAGCAUGGAGGAGGAACCUAUCAACAAUCAUGGAAUAACUCAGGAUAUUCCAAUGGAUGAAGAUGACAAGAGCAGUUCUGAAGCUGAUGAGUCUGAUGAUGAUGAUAAGGUUAUAUAUCCACCAGAAGAAGAAGAAGAAGAGGAGGAAGGUGAUGAUGCAUUCCAAGAGAGAAGAAGAGAUGGAACCCUAGAAGCUAAUGAAGAAGAUGAAGAUAGUUCGGAUUCAGAAGAUGAAUCAUCAGAAGGUUAUAGUGACUGAAAAUAUAAAUAGACAGACAGAAAACAUCAUUUAUAAUGGAGGGCAGAAAAGUUUAUUGGAUAAACACAGUUCAUUGAAGGUUAAGAUUCUUUUGGAUUUUUUUUCUUUUUGGUUUUACUUAAAUAGCUGCACUCUUUUUUUCAUUAAUCUUUAAAGUGGUGACUAUUGAGAAAUUGUGGAUUUGAGGGUUUAGAAUUUGACUUAAACUAUUACCUUUAAUUUAUAGAUAAUUAUUAUUAUUAUAAGUUGUGCUUUAUUUAUUAUUUUAAAAUUAUUA